AUGGAGGGCUUCAAUAUAUCUUCGUUGUUUCUAUUUUUAUUUAUUUUCCCUUUGUUGCAAGCAUCCAUCACUGCCACCCAAAAGUCCUACAUUGUUUACUUGGGAUCACAUACACACGGCUCGAAUCCUUCAGCGUUUGAUCUCGAAAUCGCAACAGAAUCUCACUAUAGUUUGCUUGGGUCAUUGUUAGGAAGCCAUGAAGCAGCUAAGGAAGCAAUUUUCUAUUCCUACAAUCGACAUAUUAAUGGCUUUGCAGCCAUUCUUGACCAGAAAGUUGUACAAGAUUUAGCAAGGAAUCCUGCUGUGGUAUCUAUCCAUGAGAACAAGGGAAGAAAACUGCACACAACAAGUUCAUGGAAAUUUCUUGGAGUAGAGCAUGAUGAUGGAAUUCCUCAUAACUCUAUUUGGAAUCGUGCAAGUUUUGGUGAAUCUACAAUCAUUGGCAACCUUGACACAGGCGUUUGGCCAGAAUCAAGGAGUUUCAAUGAUGAAGGAUAUGGACCUGUUCCCACAAGGUGGAAGGGAAGUUGUGAGGGUGGAUCCAAAUUUCACUGCAACAGGAAGCUAAUUGGAGCAAAAUAUUUCAACAAGGGCUAUGCAGCUAAUGCCGGAUCUCUCAAUGCAAGCUAUGAAACAGCAAGAGACAAUGAAGGCCAUGGAACACACACUUUAUCCACAGCUGGGGGCAAUUUCAUUUCAGGAGCUAAUGUUUUUGGGAAUGGCAAUGGCACUGCAAAAGGAGGGUCCCCUAAAGCCCUUGUUGCUGCAUAUAAAGUAUGUUGGCCUCAAGUGGAUUCUGGUGGUGGUUGUUAUGAUGCUGAUAUACUAGCAGCUAUGGAAGCUGCUAUUAGUGAUGGAGUUGAUGUUCUCUCACUUUCACUUGGUGGAGGUUCCAAAGAUUUUUCCGACGACGUAACGGCUAUUGGGGCCUUCCAUGCCGUUCAACAAGGUAUUGUCGUCGUUUGUUCUGCAGGUAACUCUGGACCAGCUCCAGGGACAGUUGAAAAUGUGGCACCUUGGAUCAUAACUGUGGGGGCUAGCACAAUCAAUAGAGACUUUACAAGUUUUGUUUCGCUUGGAAACAAGAAGCAUAUUAAGGGUGCAAGUCUUUCUGAUAAAAUAUUGCCAGAACAGAAAUUCUAUCCAUUGAUCGAUGCUGUAGAUGCAAAAGCCAACAAAGUUUCAUCCGAUAUCGCCCAACUAUGUCUGGUGGGCUCCCUUGAUCCCGAAAAGGUAAAAGGGAAGAUUAUAAUUUGCCUUAGAGGGGAAAAUGCAAGAGCAGACAAAGGUUAUGCGGCAGUUAAAGCAGGUGCUGUUGGAAUGAUUCUUGCUAACGCUGAGGAAAAUGGGGAUGAAAUUAUAGCUGAUGCUCACCUACUUCCUGUUUCUCAUGUAAGCUAUACUGAUGGCCAAUCAAUCUACCAAUACAUCAAUUCCACCAAAACUCCAAUGGCUUACAUGACUCAUGUAAGAACAGAGUUAGGAAUCAAACCAGCACCAGUUAUGGCUUCAUUCUCAUCAAGAGGUCCUAAUACAGUUGAGGAGACAAUACUCAAGCCUGAUAUAACAGCACCUGGUGUCAAUAUCCUAGCAGCCUACUCUGAAGAUGCAUCGCCAAGUGGUUCAUUCUUUGAUAAACGUCGAAUUCCAUUUAAUAUAGUAUCUGGAACUUCCAUGUCAUGCCCCCAUAUUUCUGGUAUUGUUGGCCUUCUCAAGACCCUUUAUCCCAAUUGGAGUCCAGCAGCAAUCAAAUCAGCAAUCAUGACCACAGCUGAAAGCAGAGCCAAUGACAUGCAUCCAAUACAAAACGGAGGCAACCUUAAAGCCAACUCAUUUGCAUAUGGUGCAGGACAUGUCCAACCCAACAGAGCAAUGAACCCUGGCCUUGCUACAACAAAUCCCAAAUCAGUAAAUUCUCAGCUAUGUCGGGUUGUGACAAUCAAAAGAAGAGUUAAGAAUGUGGGAAAGCCAAGCACUUACGUUGCUAGAGUGAAAGUACCCCAUGGAGUAUCAGUUUCGGUUGAACCAAGAACAUUAAAGUUUACCAGGAUUGAUGAAGAGAAAAGUUUCAAAGUUGUAAUUGGGAGUGUUGCAAAUAACAAGCAUAAAGGGUAUGUAUUUGGAUCUUUAAUAUGGGAAGAUGGGAAGCAUCAUGUGAGAAGCCCAAUUGUAGUGAAUUUGGGAUGAUUUGGUUUUGAAGAAGUUUGUUAUUUUCUAAUCUAAAUUCUACUGUUUACAAGGAUUAUUAUAAUGGAUUCUUCUUUCC